AGGAGGGCAGGAGUAGAGGUUGGGGACGAGUGUCUCCUCGCCCUGUCUGUCUCCCUUGUGCCCAGGCGGGUGACAAAUUGCUGCCGGACCGGAGGGAGCAGGUGCAGGGACCUGGCAGCCAUUGUCACCGCGCGUCACCGCACGGAGAGCAAUCAGGGCUGGCUGCAGAGCAUAAAUACGCAGCGCUGCGCCGGGGAGCCCCGUCGGUCCCACCAUGUCGCUCUGGGAGGGGAUGCUCUGUCCCCACGCGCUCCAGGGCAAGAGCUCAAGGGACAUCUUCCUCCAUGUGGUGACGCCUGACCGCAUCCCGCAGUUUACUGUCCCCUCUCUGGACAUCCAGAGAAAGCACAGGCGCGCAGGCAAGGGGAAGGGGCAGCCGGCGGCGACGGCCUGGAGGAGCAGCUUGGACCCAGCAGUGGAGGAUGAGCACGACGUGCCCGGCUCCAGCUCGUCCUGCUCUAAUGCUGGGCUCGCUGCCCCUGCGCAGGCUAUCCCGGACCCCACUGCUCCAGCGGCUCUGUCCCUGCGCCAUCUCCCCAAGGUCACCACCCCGUACGGCUUUGUCACCCUGGGGCAGAGCCCACAGGUCACCAGUGAUGAGGCGUUGUUUUUUCACUCCAGCUCAGGGUACCCUCGAGGUCCUGCUGCUGAGAUACGUCCCGGUUGGCAGGAGGAGCCAGGAUGCUGCAGAUGCCCCGGGAUGCCUGUUGCUGGGGCAGGCGGCUGCUCCCAGACCGGUGGAGGCCUGUGGGACCGCAAGGAGCCGAGUCCCCAUGCCUCCGGUCACAAGGACGGUGGAGGCAGCCAGGUCUGCAGGACUCCAGCAGGGCUUCUCCUGCCCAGAUGUGCCAGCCCGCUCAGAGACAUCCAAAUAAGAGAUGUUCUGGAAAGCAAAGAGGCAGAGAAGAGAGCGAGGAGGCUCCUGGGGGUGGGCUAUCAGAGAAACUGCUCCAGCCUGGAGCUCCCUGCUGAGACGCCCAGGAAGAACUUGCUCCAGAGGAUCCUCAGGAGGCACCUUGCCCACGCUCGGCAGCUCAAGCCUACGCAUCUGCCUCUCCACUGA